AUGCUGACUCUUCUCAGGGGUGACCUGUCCGAUGAGAACAAGAGGGAAUAUAUCGCCGCCGUCCAAUGUCUCAUGCAAAAGGCUCCAGUCACGCCAUUAGACGAGGUUCCAGGUGUCCGCAGUCGUUUUGAUGAUUUCGGUAUGUUGCCCACUAUAGGUACUUAGGUGCCUUUGCCUCGAGCUGCAGAGACUUUUCUUUUCUGACGAACACCUAUUCUUGGAUUCUCUCGCUAAUCAAAACUUUAUUAAGGUGCCACCCACUUGAACCAGACUGCCUCCAUUCAUUGGACCUCAAACUUUUUCGCAUUCCACCGAUACUUUACCUGGUCUUAUGAAAAAGCUCUACGUGAUGAGUGUAGCUACACUGGCACUCAGCCAUACUGGGAUUGGGCCCACGCGGAUACUCUUGAAGAAAACCCAUUGUUCGACGGCUCGGAUCUGUCCGUUGGUGGAAAUGGUGCUCACGUUGAAAAUGUCAUCUCUUUCGUCAUUCUACCAACUCCAGUGCCUGUCAAUACUACCCGUACAGAUGGAACCGGAGGCGGCUGCAUCACUUCUGGCCCUUUCGUCAACAUGAGUGUCAACCUUGGUCCUCGCGGCGCUCCGAUUGCAGAUGGUCUCCAGUACAACCCACGUUGCCUGUCACGAAACUUCCGAAACGACGCCGUUGCAACAAGUCUUACUUACGGAGCCAUUCAAUCCGUUCUGGAGCAGCCCGACUUGCAGAGCCUUAGCACCCAGAUGAGCGUUAGUAACGGGUAGGUGAUAUCUAUCAAUAAUGAUCUGUCCUUGGAUACUGACACUGAGAAAGACUUCACGGAAAUGGUCACCUUUCGCAAGGUGGUCUUCAAGAUGAUCUCUGGACUUCUGCUUUGGACCCAAGUUUCCACUUCCACCAUGCAGCUGUUGAUCGUGUUUGGUCAAUUUGGCAAGCUCAGAACCAGACUGAGAGGGUCCAGGAAAUCUCCGAUACAAGAACAAUCAUGAACCGUAAGUCAAUUCGGCGAGAAUAAAUAUGAUGACUUUAAGCUAACUGCCGAUUUGCAGAGCCCCCUUCUGAAAACGGUAACUGUAAGUAUAUCCCAACUCCUGUUAUCAGAAACUGCCCACUCAUUGUGACUUCCCGCGUUAUAGUUUUCAAAAUGACAAAUACUGACUGUUUUAGUGGACGAUAUUGUUGAUCUCGGCUAUAGUGGAGGACGUUUCACAAUUGGGGAGCUCUCCUCUACCAUUGAUGGACCUUUCUGCUAUAUCUACCAGUAG